CUUCGUGAUCGGACUGUCAACCCUAAGCAAAUAUGGCGCUCGAUGUUCUGCGAAGCCGCUCGUGAGGUGUGCGCUAUCGUGCAAAGUGAAUUGUGAGGCAAGGGUGAGGCUCAAAACGAGUCAGAUGAAUGAUUAAGCAUCUCUGUAUCUAAAGAUGCAGAAUGUAGACAAAUUGAAGAAUCCGAUAAAUCGUAAAAGCGGCGAGGAAAAGGGGAAGAAGUGCGGCAAGAAAGGUGCCGCGGUCAGUGGAUCUUCGGGUCAAUCACUAUCUGAUUCCGAACUUGAUAGACGAGGUGCCGAGGGGAUAGACGAGAGGAUCCCUGGGUUUAUGCACUGCAUGCUCGGAGGAUCUGGAAGUGACAGCUCCGACGUCUCCCCCGUGAGCUCGUUCCAGCUGGACGGCGCCUCCGAGGCGCGCCUGCUGUCGCCGCAGUUCCUGCUGGAGGCGGAGGCCGCCGACCCGGCCGACCUGUCCAGCGUCACCCCCGAGACGCGCGCCCGACUCGAGGCCCUGCUCGAGGCAGCCGGUAUCGGCAAGAGCGCCGACAGCAGCCGCGUGCUCGCCGACCCGGAGGUGCUGCGCAAGCUCACCUCCAGCGUCAGCUCGGCGCUCGACGAAGCGGCCGCCGCGCUCACGCGCAUGCGCAGCGACAGCGCCACCGACACCACCAGCCAGCCGUCGCUCGUGGACGCGUGUCAGCACGGGAACGUGCCGGUCGUCCGCCGCCUGCUGGACGAGGGCUCGUCCGUCAACGAGACGACCGAGAAGGGCGAGUCGCUGCUGGCGCUCGCCUGCCACUCGGGCUACUACGAGCUCGCUCAGGUGCUGCUGGCCAUGCGUGCCAACGUGGAGGACCGCGGCAUGAAGGGCGACUGUACGCCCCUCAUGGAGGCGGCCACCGCCGGCCAUGUCGAAGUGGUCCGGCUGCUCAUCAAACACAAGGCCGACGUCAACGCCCAGAGCAGCUCCGGCAACACCCCGCUGAUGUACGCGUGUUCCGGCGGCCACGUGGAGGUGGUGCGCGCCCUGCUGCAGGCCGGCGCCAACAUCGAGGACGCCAACGAGAACGGCCACACGCCUCUGAUGGAGGCCGCCUCGGCCGGCCACGUGGACGUGGCGCAGAUCCUGCUGGACCACGGCGCCGGCAUCAACACCCACUCCAACGAGUUCAAGGAGUCUGCGCUGACGCUGGCCUGCUACAAGGGCCACCUGGCCAUGGUGCGCUUCCUGCUGGAGGCGGGCGCCGACCAGGAGCACAAGACGGAAGAGAUGCACACCGCCCUCAUGGAAGCCAGCAUGGACGGCCACGUGGAAGUGGCGCGGCUCCUGCUCGACUCCGGCGCUCAGGUGAACAUGCCGGCCGACAGCUUCGAGUCGCCGCUGACGCUGGCGGCCUGCGGCGGCCACGUGGAGCUGGCGCUGCUGCUGCUGGACCGCGGCGCCAACAUCGAGGAGGUCAACGACGAGGGCUACACGCCGCUGAUGGAGGCCGCCAGGGAGGGCCACGAGGAGAUGGUGGCGCUGCUGCUCUCGCAGGAGGCCAACAUCAACGCCAUCACGGAGGAGACGCAGGAGACGGCGCUGACGCUCGCCUGCUGCGGUGGAUUCGUCGAGGUGGCCGACUUCCUCAUCCAGGCGGGGGCCGACGUGGAGCUGGGUGCGAGCACGCCGCUGAUGGAGGCCGCCCAGGAGGGCCACCUCGAGCUCGUCAAGUAUCUGAUGGAGCGGGGUGCCAACGUGAACGCGGUGACGCAGACGGGCGGCGACACGGCGCUGACGUACGCCUGCGAGAACGGCCACACGGCCGUGGCCGAGGUGCUGCUGGAGCGGGGCGCCGCCCUGGAGCACGCGGCGGAGGGCGGCCGGACGGCGCUGAUGAAGGCGUCGCGCGCCGGCCACCUCUGCACGGUCACCUUCCUGCUGAGCCGGCUGGCCGAUGUCAACCGCACCACGGCCAACAACGACCACACGGCGCUCAGCCUGGCCUGCCACGGCGGCCACCUGCACGUGGUCAAGGUGCUGCUGCAGCACGGCGCCAACCCGCACCACAUACUCAAGGACAACUCCACCAUGCUGAUGGAGGCCGCCAAGAACGGCCACACGCAGGUGGUGGAGCUGCUGAUGGACUACCCGGACAUCCAGCCGCUGACGGAGGCGCAGAUGGCGGGCGCGUUCGAGUCGGCCGAGGCCGAGACGGUGGCACGCCUGGCCGCCGCCACGGCGCCGGCCGAGCUGGCGCUGCCCGGCUCGGCGGCGGCCGCCAUGGAGACGCCGCCGUACACGCCGUCGUCGCCGGUGCUGGGCGCGCCGGCCGCCUGCUGCGUCUCGUCGGCCGACCUGCUCGAGUCGAGCCUGCUGGCGCUGGACGGCGACGAGGCCGGCCUGGGGCGCGCCACCUCCGACCGGCUCGAGCAGUACCUCAGCGAGAUGCUCCGACGGCCGGACGUCAGCGAUCAGGAGGGCGAGGAGAUCGAGAAGCUGACGAACUUGACCAAGACGCUGGCGUCGCGCAUGCCGGAGGACUUGCGCCGCUUCCAGGGCCUGCCCGGUCUGGUGGAGGCGAGCCGGGAGUCGGUGAUCGUGUCCAACCCGUCGCCGGCGGCGCCGGCGCCGCCCGACCAAAGACCCAAGGCCAAGCCGGUCAGCAAGAAGGAGCAGAAGAAGGCCCCGCGGCAGCGUGAGCUGCAGGCUGCGCAGGCGUGUGGGCUGCAGGUGGCGCCGCCCAGCGGCAUCCAGCGGCAGUACCAGCAGCUGCAGGCGGCCGCCGCCUACCAGGCCCACCUCGGCCUGCAGCCGCAGCAGCUGCAGCUGCUUCAGAGCCAGCUCACGAUGCAGGGCCACGCCGCCGCCGCCGCGGGCGUCGACAAGAAGGUCAAGAAGAAGCCCAACAACCGCGGCCAGCCGGCGGCCCAGGUACAGCCGCACGCCCUGCUGGUGUCGGCCGAGCCGGGCGCCGCCGCCUUCGGGCCGCCGCUAGCCGCCGACGACGUGGCCGCCCACAUCCAGACCAACACCGGCCUUAUGGUGGCGGCGCCGGCGCGCACUCUGAACGACACGCUGUACCGGCCGGGCCCGACCGACCAAGCCGAGCUCACCGCCGAACAAGCGGCGGACUGGUCCCGCGGCUACCAGCUGGGCACCCUGCACGGCCUGACCGGGCUGCACAACUGCCAGCCGCCGCUCAACCUGGCGUACGGCGCGCCGGCGCCCGCCGGCCAGCAGCCGCCGGCGCCCGCCUACCCCGGCGGCGUGCCGGUGUCGGCGGUGGGCGGCGCGCCGUACCCGGGCCAAGCCACGGCCGACCAGCUCAACUCGGAGACGGAGAGCAACCACGACACGGCGCUGACGCUGGCCUGCGCCGGCGGACACGAGGAGCUCGUGCAGCUGCUGCUCAAACGCGGCGCCCACAUCGAGCACCGCGACAAGAAGGGCUUCACGCCGCUGAUCCUGGCGGCGACGGCCGGCCACGCGGGCGUGGUGGAGAUCCUUCUGGCCAACAAGGCCGACAUCGAGGCGCAGUCGGAGCGCACCAAGGACACGCCGCUCUCGCUCGCCUGCUCCGGCGGGCGCUACGAGGUGGUCGAUAUCCUGCUUAGGCACGGCGGCAACAAGGAGCACCGCAACGUGUCCGACUACACGCCGCUGUCGCUGGCGGCCUCCGGCGGCUACGUCAACAUCAUCAAGCUGCUGCUGCAGAAUGGCGCCGAGAUUAACAGCAGGACGGGCAGCAAGCUGGGCAUCUCGCCGCUCAUGCUGGCUGCCAUGAACGGGCAUACGGCGGCUGUCAAGCUGCUGCUGGAGAUGGGCAGCGACAUCAACGCCCAGAUCGAGACGAACCGCAACACGGCGCUGACGCUGGCCUGCUUCCAAGGCCGGCACGAGGUGGUGCAGCUGCUGGUGGACCGGCGCGCCUACGUCGAGCACCGCGCCAAGACCGGCCUCACGCCGCUGAUGGAGGCGGCGAGCGGCGGCUACGUGGAGGUGGGCCGCGUCCUACUGGACAAGUACGCCGACGUGAACGCGGCGCCGGUGCCCAGCAGCCGCGACACAGCGCUCACGAUCGCCGCCGACAAGGGACACUACAAGUUCGUCGAGCUGCUCGUCACGCGGGGGGCGCAGGCGGAGGUGCGCAACAAGAAGGGCAACACGCCGCUGUGGCUGGCGGCCAACGGCGGCCACCUGGACGUCGUGCAACUGCUGUACACGGCCGGCGCCAACAUUGACGCUCAGGACAACCGCAAGGUUUCCUGCCUGAUGGCCGCGUACAGGCGCGGCCAUAUCAAGGUGGUCAAGUGGAUGGUGAAGCACGUCUCCCCGUUCCCGUCGGACCACGAGCUGACGCGCUUCUCCAGAUGCGUGUGCCCUGUGCCAUCACAGGAGCUGGCCAAGAAGUGCCAGGCGUGCGUGGACAUAAUCCGCGUGGCGAAGGAGCGGCAGGCGGCAGAGGCCAACCGCAACGCCACCUCGCUGCUGGAGGAGCUGGCGCAGGAGGACGCCAUCCAAAAGCAGCGCCAGUGUCUGGCCGCCAAGAAGCGCGACAAGAAGAAGAAGAAGCGCCAGUCGCAGACGCGUCAGGCGAAGGACGAGGACGAGAGCGGCGACGAGGACGAGCUGAUCCCGGGCGCGGCGCCGGCCGCCGAGCCGGAGGACCGCGAGUCGCCGCCAGGCAAGUGA